GGGAAUGAUGCGCUAGAUGUAAAGUUAAACUGACACUCAGAGAAAGGUACCAAAACGCAUAAGAAAGUAAGGCUGCAAAAAUAAAUAGUCCGUGUUAUUCCGCUUGGGUCCGUCAAGACUUGCUGGGAUAAAAGAGAGUCUAUAUCAGAUGUCGAUUGUGCAGGUUGAACGCCUAGCAACGCUGUCUCACGUUAACCCCGCUUUGGCACCCAUCGGAGCUUCUUCUUCUCUACAACAACACAAUUCUCCUACGAAAACUGUAGCGACAUACGAUGAUCUCAACCAUCUCAUCUAGGUAGUAUCAAGCUACUUUCGCCAUAUCUGGUAGACACCCACGAUGCUGUGUGAGAUCUGCCUCAAUAUCUUCCGAGGCUCGUGCCCAGUGGAAUACACUCAGCACCAUGACUCUAUCGAGAGCUUGCAACGAUCCGCUCUCGAAGAUUGUGAGAUUUGUCGUGUUCUGUGGAACGACCCCAUCUCUCACUUAUCGCAACUGAGCUCAGAGCAUGUUCAAAUAUCGACGGAAGUUAUAGUGAAAGAAUUUCACGACGGCACAGGCACUAGACAGUUGCAUGUCGAAGCCAACUCGCACGAAUACAUACGUGAAUGGGUUUUCAUCUGUGAGCUUGCGAUGGAAGAUCAUAAGAAUUAUGAUGCACAUAAGCCACCUGCAUCAGACUGGGCUGCCAGUAUGGCGUGCGCGAGAACGUGGUUAGCUAAAUGUACGGAAACUCACACAGAUUGUCGAGCAUCUGGCUCCAAGUCCAUGACAUACUGCCCGACGCGUCUUCUCGAGAUUGACCAGCCAGAGGCUAACAAAUUGCGGUUGCGGCUGUGUUCUGAGCUAGAUGAUGCUCCUCCGCAGUAUGCAACACUCAGCCAUUGUUGGGGAACCUCGAAAACUCUGAGAUUAACAUCACAUUCGUUCCAACGCUUCAGAGAUGGUGUGGAUGUUUCUGAACUGGCGAAGACAUUUCAGGACGCUGUAUUUGCCGCGAAGUCACUUGGCAUCAAGUUGCUGUGGAUAGACUCGUUUUGCAUCUUCCAGGACUCCAAGGAAGACUGGCAGCAGGAGGCAGCACUCAUGAGCCAAGUCUACCGCCACAGCUUCCUCAACAUUGCAGCCAGUAUAGCGGUCGAUAGUGAUGCCGGUUGCUUUCGUGAAAGAGUUUCUACUGCUGAGCGCUCCCUCGUUCAGACUACAUGGACCGAUCAUCCCAACAACACGUAUUACCUUUACUAUCAAUUCUACUGGGUAGACAACUUCGCGUCUAUGCCCCUGAAAAAGCGCGCAUGGGUUGUUCAGGAACUCGCUUUGGCUCCUAGGGUGCUUCAUCUCUGUGGUAGUCAGUUAUUUUGGGAGUGUCAUGGCUUGGAUGCCUGUGAAACCUGGCCUACUGGACAACCACCAAACAUGUGGGUGGAGCACAGAAGAUCUUGGUCGCGUCCUGCCUCCAUCGAAGUCUUUGGCUUCCACCGGACCGACGAUAGUGAGAGUGUGCAUAUAUCUACACAUGAAAAUGAUAGAUUCAACACGCAUACGUUCGGAGAGCUAUGGAAACACAUCGUGAGCGACUACAACACGUGUGACUUGACAUUUCCGAGCGACAAGCUAGUUGCUCUAUCCGGUAUUGCAAAACAUAUGAAGCAGCUCCUCGAGAUUGACUACUGGGCAGGACUCUGGGCUUUUGACCUCAUUCCAGAGUUGAGUUGGUACAUUCGCGAGCCAUACAUACCCAAAACAGAAGCAGAUACUAUCGUUUAUCGUGCACCUUCGUGGUCAUGGGCAUGUAUGGACGGGGAAGUAGAUUGGAUGGCGUGGAGGGGGCAGUUCUUAGUCGACAUUGUCUGUUGCAAUAUCAGAACCGCGACAGCGGAUCGGACAGGUGCGGUCAUUAGCGCUGCUUUGCAACUAUCCGGUUGGUUGGCAACUAUUGAGAUACGUCCAAGCCCCAAGGGAUGGGACGUUUAUAUGAAUGGAAGGUGGACUAGCUUGGGUGGUGCGCAUAUUUAUCUUGAUCGUCCUCUCGCGUCGUCCCAACUACACUGUUUACCCCUCGAAGAUCAUGGGUUAUUGAACACUCUUCUUCUCAUACCUACUGGAGUCACACGUGGUCAAUUCCAAAGGGUGGGGAUCGCUGUAAUGGGUAUUGGAACAUUCGGGCAAGAGGAUUGCGAUCAGCUCGCACACGUCACGAACGAAUCAUGGCUAGAGUACGAGUCAAUGGGUGAUGACGGUAAAUGCACGAUCACAAUAGUAUGAAACAGCCGUCGCGGGCAUUCUAUGGUUGCCCACUCAUCUUGGUUGCAGGAGGUAAGAGCGUGGAACAAGAAAGAUGUAAGCACCUUAUACAAGAGAAGAAACAGGUAGAUACAGAGACAACAAGCUCUACCUUCCAGCCUACGUCAUCUUAAGAC